CCGUCGGCCACAAGCACAACGUUGGCUAGGAGCUCCACAAUGGAGGACUCGCCGGAACCCCAGGACUUUUUGGACCUCGCUCGUACCAUCGCACUGGCUGCCGGCCGCAGCGUCGGCCAGGCGGCGGUGCUGACCGGCGCUGGAGUCUAUUUGGGCAGAGCAGGCCACAUCUCCAAGGCGGGCACGAGGGUCCUCUCGGUGCUGUCGAUGCGCGUCACCAUCCCGUGCAUGCUCUUCUCGCGAGUCGUGCCGCAGGUGAGCUGGGAGCUGCUGCUUGAGGCUUGGCCGAUGGCGCUGCUGCCUCUCUUCUUUGUAGCGACGGGCCUCGCGCUUGGCUCAGCCGUCGUAAAGAUCACGCGGCCGCCCGACUCCUUCCGCAAGCUCGUGGUCGCAGCCGUCGCCUUUGGCAACUCGACCGGCAUGCCGAUCGUCAUCCUCUCGAUGCUAAUGCAGCAGAUCGGCUACCUCUAUGCCGAAGAGGAAUCGGCCGGGAUCGACGACCCAGUCGUCUACCUCUCGGUCUACCUCCUCACCUACCCUAUCCUGCAGUGGUCGAUCGGCAAGUGGCUCAUGACGCCAGACGAGCCAGAGCUGCUCUCCGCCGUCGCAACCACACAGUACCCCUCCGCGGGUGCGCUCAGCGACAUCGCUUCGCCGGCAGCGCGUACCCAGCCCUGCCUCAGCGCGGCGGUCUAUGAGCAACUCCUCGACGCCAACGCCUCGCAACCCACCUCGCUCUCCCUCCUCUCGCUCCGCGACAGCGCGCGCGCAGCGCAGGCGGCCGCCGCCUUCCUGCAAAAGCACGUGCUGCUGCCGCCCGUGGUUGGCAUCCUGCUCGGCCUCGCGUGCACGUGGGACCCGGUGUACUAUUCCCUCUGCGGCGGCGCGUUUGGGGAGCGGCUGCCGAAGCACACGCGCUGCCCGAGCGAGGGGGCGCCGCUCGGUUUCUUCUUCCGCGGCAUCGAGACGCUCGGCUCCGCUGCAGUGCCGCUCAACCUGAUCAUGCUCGGCAGCUCCCUCGCGCGCGGGCCUGACUGGACGGCGCUGCCGGUGCGCUGCAACGUCGGCAUCGUGGCGGCGAAGCUGGUGCUGAUGCCCGCCUUCUCGACGCUGCUGAUGCUCGGACUCAACCUCACCGUCGGACGGCACGGAGCCGGAUGGUUCGCGCUCCGCUCGCCAUACGACCAGAUCUUCCACCUUGCGGCGGUCGCCGUGACUGCGACGCCGACCGCCAACAACGUGGUCAUCAUGUGUUCUCUCUACGGCUCAGACCGCGACACCGCCGCGAUGGCGACCGCCAUCUUCUCGCAGUACCUCCUUGCGCCGCUGCUGCUGCCAUGCACCCUCACCCUGGCCAUACUCACCUUCCACGCCCUCGACCCUUUGCGGUGAGCGCACGCACGCGCGGGCGUGCGGCGUGCUCCAUCUCGGGUCGCCGCAGUGCACGGCGCAUCCAUCUUCAACUUUUGCUUUCCAUCCGCAUCAGUCUCUGGGCUCCGGCCUCCGGGGCCUCUCUUGUCGCAUUAAAAUAAAUAAAUAAAUAAAAACGGACACCACUGUGAG